AUCCGAAUCAUUGAGAAAAAAAAAAUAAAGAACAUGUUUGGGAGUGUAGAGCAUGAGCUAGAGAUGGGAGUGCCAGCAAAAGAGACGUGGGAUCUGUUCAGCACAGUUCGACUUGGAAGAUUUCUGGAGAAAGAAAUGCCAAAUCUGUUUCAGAAGGUGGAGCUUGUUGAAGGUGAUGGUGGACUUGGAAGUAUCUUCCUUAAAACUAUAGUUCCUGGUAAACUGGGAACAGGAAUAGUUUCUUGCAAAGAGAAGGUGACAAAGAUGGACAAUGAAAAUCGAAUAAAAGAAAAUGAACUAAUUGAAGGAGCAUAUUUAGAAUUAGGAUUUACUAUAUUCAAGAUUCGAUUUGAAGUGAAAGAGAAAGGAGAAGAGUCAAGCAUCAUCAAAACAACACUUGAAUAUGAACUCAAGCAAGAAGCUUCAGCCAAUGCCUCUCUCGUUUCCAUGGCUAUUCAGGAGGCUGCCAAUGUUGCUCAACUUGCCAAACUUCAUCUCAACCAAAAAUGAAAAGCUUGCAAACCAAGCAAUCUUAAGUUAUGAAAAUCAUGUAAUUUCUAUGUGUGGUUGUAACUAUUGAGUGAUUUGAGUGAUAGUUCUCUUUAAAUAAGGUCUCAAGUUUGAGAGAUGCAAAUAAAACACACCCGCAUGCAAGCACGCAUAUUAGUACAAUGGUUUUACAUUUAUGUGUCCUACUUAAGCAGAGAGUUUAUGGGUGCAUUUAAGAUUAUUAAAAAUUAUUGUGUAUGCAUGUUUUUUAAAUUAAUAGAAAUAUUACUGUUUAUCAAA